UAACGACUGUCUGACAUGCUUUACGGUUGUCGAAAAUACUUACACGUGUGUGCUGCCUGCUUAUCAACUGUACGGAAGAUACAUCUGCGUCUAUAAAACCUUAAAAUGGCCAAAAGUCUGCGAAGCAAAUGGAAGAGGAAGAUGCGUGCAGUGAAGAGAGCGAAGAACGCCCCUAAGGAACUGGCUCGGUUGAAGCAAGCCUUAGCCCACGGUGGCACAGGAGAGAUCUCCAUGAAUGACAUUCAGGACAUAGCUACAGUGGUGCCAGCUGCCAAGAUAAAAGAGAAGAAAGUGGAUGUAGACAUGGAGGGAGAGGAAGUCGAUGAUGGGAAGAUGGACAUGGACAGCAAGCGCAGUAAGACGACCCAAUUGGACGAGCACGGACAGUACCCAACAUGGAUGAGCCAACGACAGGCCAAGAAACUGAAAGGCAAACGCAUGACAAAGAAAUCAGGAGGAAAGGCCAACAAAAAAAAGAAGGGCAUUGCCUGGUAGCCUGGCGAAAAGGACUUCUGACACACACAUGAGCAUUGGAUACAUGAUCUUUGUGGACUUGAGUUGCCUGCAUUGUGUUCAAGUUAAAUGGUGAUAUGAGGCAAAGGAUCUAUAUUGUGCAACCCAUUGUCUGUAAGCUAAUUUUAAUGUAUGAUAGAAAACAACAGAGUUGUGUUGUUGGGCACAAUACUGCAUUGACAUACUUCACUUGAAUGGAAGCCAUGUUUUCUUAUUGCUGUGGUAUACAGAAGAUGGUAGAUUCUUUACAUUUUACCCUAAUAAUGCUACCUGUUGUUGUUAGCUCCAUUCCUGUUUGAUUUGCUCCUCUUUCUGUAGCCUAGCCCAUCAAAGACAUUCAUUAUACAUGCAACAAACUGUCCGUAUAAUCUUCUGGCUGUCACAGAGUAAAUAAAUGUGUUUCUGUACAUUAAGACA